GAAGCCGCCAUGUUUAGGAAGGAACUGCCGCUCGCUGGGGAUUGUGGGUAAUGUAGUACGGGCACCGCAAAGCCUCAAUAGCAAAUGCGUACGGAAAAUCUUUUUAUUCUUGCAAAUGGAGUUUGAAGACUACUCCCAGAAGCAGGUGGACAAACUCUCUUCUGACAAUUUAUUAGCUCCACCGGUGGAUUUAGAGACUGCGUUGAAGGAAUGCUCGGACGCCCUUGAUCUCUUUCUGAACAACAGGUUCACAGAUGCCUUAGCUCUUUUAGAAGCCUGGAAGAGCCAGAGCAUGUACCACGCGACGGGCUACAGCAGCAUUCUCGUGAUGCAGGCGGCCAUGACUUUUGAUCCGAAGGACGUGAACGCUGCUAUGGAGUCACUGAGCGACGCCCUGCUGACGUGCCAGAGGUUUAGGAAAAAAACGGGAGUAAUGGAGACUCUAGCCAAUCUGUGGUACAGACAAUCACCUGAAAGCCUAACAGAAGAGGAGAUGCACGCCGAGCUCUGUUACGCCGAAGUGCUGCUGCAGAAGGCGGCGCUCACGUUGCUCGACGAGAGCAUCAUCGGUUUCAUCAAGGGAGGCAUGAGGAUCCGAAACAGCUAUCGGAUUUUCAAGGAGUGUCAGGCCAUGGUAGACGGCAAUAGAGAAAUGGAGAAGAAGAGCACGUAUAUUCACUUUAAGGGCGGCGUCAGCAUGGGCAUUGGAUCUUUUAACCUGAUGCUGUCGCUCCUACCAAGUAGAAUCCUCAAACUGAUGGAGUUUUUGGGUUUCUCAGGGGACAGGGAGAUGGGUUUGUCCGAGUUGCGAGCGGGCGCAUCCAGCGAUAGUCUGCGCUCUAUUCUCAGCACAUUGACUCUGCUCAUGUUUCACCUCUACAUUUCAGUCAUUCUGGGUUCCGGCGACGUGGACCUGAGUGAGGCUGAGGCGCUGCUGGAGCCUUACGCUAAAAGGUUCCCAAAUGGAGCCCUCAUGCUUUUCUUUGUUGCAAGAAUUGCCUUGCUCAAAGGAAACAUCACAUUUGCUCAGGAAAAGUUCCACGCGUGCAUUGCCGCUCAGCAGGAGUGGCGCCAGAUUCACCACCUGUGCUACUGGGAGCUCAUGUGGGCCUGCUCCUUUGAACAGAAGUGGCGGGAAGCGUACCAUUACGCUGAUCUACUCUGCAAGGAGAGCAAGUGGUCACAGGCCAUCUAUGUGUUCCAGAAGGCUUCCAUACUGAGCAUGCUCCCCGAGGAGGAAGUCAAGAAACUUGGUGAAAACGUGGUGGACUUAUACAGGGAGGUGGACGGUCUGAGGUUGAGGAUGGCCGGAAAGUCCAUCCCCACGGAGAAGUUUGCGGCCAAGAAGGCUGAGCGCUACGCCUCCUCCGAGCCCGUCAAACUGGUCGUCCCAGCCCUGGAGAUGAUGUACGUGUGGAACGGCUUCACCAUCGUAGGCAAAAGAGCCGACUUGACGGAAAAAAUCCUGGCUACGUUGGAGAAAACAGAGGAGGAGCUCAAGUAUAAUUCAAGCAUGUCCGACUACCACCUGGAUGACCAGUGUGUAGUUCAGCUGCUCAAGGGCUUGUGUCUGAGGCAGUUGGGGCAGCUCGACCAGGCGGAGGUCUGUUUCAACCGAGUCUUAUCCAGCGAAAGCGACCUGACGCACGACAACUACCUGGUGCCGUUCACCAUGUACGAAAUGGGCCUGCUGCACAAGCAGAGGGGCGACAUCGAAAAGGCCAUCUUUGUAAUGGAAAGCGCCAAGAUGGACUACAAAGACUACAGCAUGGAGUCGCGGCUACACUUCCGCAUCCACGCCGUGCUCAACAGCAUGGGCUCCUCGUCGGCCAAGAUGCCGCCUUCGCGUACGCCGGCGUGAACGCUCCCGUGACUGCAUUUUCUAUUAUUGGAUCGUCAUACUCCUCCACGCUGCCUCAUGACUCCGAUCGGCCCUCGACGGCAUCUUAUUACGCAACGUUGUACUGUAAAUGCGUCACACUGAGGCUUCUGCAAUAUUGUAUUUACACCACAACUUUUUUAAAUCCCCUUUUUAUUUGUCAUAUUGUCACUACAUUUUUGUGCUGAAGUGUUGUAUUUCCUCAUAUAGUGUCCUUAGUCCAAUGCACACAUUUUCGGAAUUAUAUUAAACAUCUUUAAAGUUCAACCAGAUCAUCCUUGAUUCUUCACAGGAGACUUCUUUACAACAGAGUGGUUGUUUACCGUCUUCUGUAGGUGCUGCUGUUUUGGUUAGCAACCAAGUACAAAAUAGGCUCAGCCGUUAAAUCUUUAACGUUAUCUCUGAAAUGAGAUAAUUUUUAUAUCAGUUACCACUCGUUUUCUCCCCCAGCGAGGAAAGCGAAGAAGCGAAAGUAAUGUGUGUGUGUGUGUGUGGAUACUGUAGUUUGUGCUGCUGUUUUGGUUAGCAACAGAGUUCAAAUUGUGCUGGGCAUUAGUAAGCUCUUAAAGACUGACAUGUAGGGAAAAAUACAAUCCCUGAAAUGAGAUUAUUAUUUUUCACCAGUUAGCACCUGUUUUCUCUCCUAAUGGGAAACGGGACCCGUCUGUUUGAGGUUGGUGUUUAUUUGUUCAAGUGGAAGUGUUUAUUAAGGGUUUGGGGCACUAUUUGAGGAAAUAAAAUCAGCAUAGCAUCUUUGAAAUGAUGUAUUAUUUCAUAAUUUAGAUUCUGUCUUCUUUCCUGGUGUGAAGAUCAGUGUUUCCCAACCUUUAUUGAGCUAAGGCACAUUUUUUUACACAAGAAAAAUCUUACGGCACCGAAACCACCAAACAAAAAUGUCCCAAAGACUACAUACUGUAUAUAUUGUAUGAAUGACAACAGGAGCAUACACAGGUUAAUUGUGCUUUCUGCAAUCUAGUGGAAGAGAAUUUAACUGCUCUGUCUGUUACAGUAAGUUGCUGGCAUAGAUACAUCAAUGAUAGGUUAUUUGUAAUGAAUGGAUGGACGGAUGGAUGGAUAGAUCGAUACUUCAUUCACUCCAUGUGGGAAAUUAGAUUUUACUGUAUAAAUACAUACCAAAGACACGUACUAAAUAAUAAUAAAAAAUAAUAAUCU